AAAUGGUUCAGAGUCUUAGUGAUGACUUGCGUUGGAGAGUGGUAUACCUUCAUCUCGAUGGUUAUUCUAAGAAAAAAAUUAGUUCCUAUUUAUAUAUUAGUCGUAGUACAGUAAAUAGGAUUCUAUGUCUAUAUCGACGUUGGGGUUGUGUCAAGGAUCCUUUCAAAGGAACGCGAGGGCGUCGAAAGAUAUUCCAUCACAAUGAUAUGAAGGUACUGAAGUCAUUGGUUAAUGAGAAAGUUGAUUGGUAUUUGGAUGAAUUGGUUGUUGAAAUGGAGCGAAGAAGUGGAAAAAAAGUUUCUGUACCAACUUUGUGGCGAGCUUUGAAGUUUUGUGGAAUUACACGGAAGAAGUUAUGUAAGGCUGCGAUGGAGAGAAAUGAAUUACUACGCAGUGCCUUUAUCGCCAAAAUCGGCGAAUCAUAUUUCCCGGAACAACUCAUAUUCAUUGAUGAGAGUUCCAAAGAUGAACGAAGUUUAUCGAGAGCUUAUGGUUAUUCCUUCAUCAAUAGACGUGCUGAAAAAAAGGUGGUAUUUGUUCGUGGAAAACGUUAUACUGUUUUGCUAGCAUUAACACAAGAGGGUAUUGUUGCCAUUGAUGUUAUGGAGGGAAGUUGUAGCAAAAUGAGAUUCAGGGAGUUUAUACUAUCGAAAGUGAUCCCAUGUAUGAAUCGAUAUCCUGAUCCCAACAGUGUGUUGGUACUUGAUAAUGCAAUGAUUCACUAUGAUGAAGAAUGGAUCUCCAUUGUCGAAGGAUUAGGUGGGCAUGUGUUAUUUCUUCCUCCAUACUCACCAGAUUUCAAUCCCAUAGAAACGGCCUUUUCAGUUAUAAAAGCAUGGCUCAAACGAUACAGAGAUUUUGCUCUAAACCGUGAUGACCCAAUCUACUCUAUAUUGAUCGCAUGCAGUCAUAUAACACCAGAAAUGGCAAAAUCGUUUUUCAACUCAUCGAUUUAUUUUUAA